GGGACUGCUUGUAGUUCAUUCGAUCCGGCCUUUUCAAACAUAUCGGAAGUCCAUUACAAAAACACCAAAAAAAGUUUUAUAAAAAUUUUAUAUAAAAAAAAACUAAGUUUUGAUUUGUACGGCACCAUUCUAAAGUUUUAGUAAGCAUGGACGGAUUUUAUAGUAACAACGGUUGCGGUUCCAACAACAACGGCGGCUACUCCCAGAGUUCGAGGAGUGGCAACUGUGGAUCCUAUUGUGGCAGUUGCCCCAAUGGCCAGUGCCCCCGAAUGGAGGCGGGUGGCAAUGGCAAUGGGGCACAAGGCCAGAGCCGGCUUGGUUGUCCUGGCGGCAACUGUUGUCCCGGCGGAUGCUGUCCCACCGGAAGGUCGCGCUUCAAUCGAGACUGGCAGAAUGGCGGACGUCAGCACUAAAGAGCUGGCGCUUCUCUGCCCGACAAAUCGAACCACCUGCGAAAUGGACUUCCAUCUACACUUUACCCGAAUAGCUUGAAACACCAGAUAGGGAGAACAUCUACAAACGAGAGGAACACACGAAUGGGAAAGAAUGCCUACCGAACCCAGAUGAAAUUGUUGAACCAGAAAUUCAUUGUAACACAAAUAUACGAUCAACACAUUAUUAAAAAAAACAAA